GCAGGCUGACGCCAUAUUGGAAACCAAAAUGGCGACGGCGAGGAGGCUUCCACAUCUGGGCUCUGCAAGGUUGUUUUCUGACCUCACAAAAGCAGACACUGCAAUUAAAGUGUAUAUUGUUGAAGAGCUGCCACUGAAAACCAAACACAAUUUGCAUCUGUUAGACCCAUGGUGAACUCAUCUGCUCUCAGAUGAGUGCAUGAAUCAAAUUUUCUACGUUUACAGAGCACGUCAGCAGGAAUUGUGUGAACAUUAUUGUAAAUGAUUAUAUGGUUUUACCAAUAAACAUUAAAAUUAUGAAAUACUAUGAAAGAAAAAUAAAAGGAGCACUUAUUUGGCUUUCUUUUGAGAUUUACAAAAUGAUUAAGUUCUUCCUCUUGAUGAAUAGACAAGGGCAAGUAAGACUCUGUAGGUAUUAUGAACCUGCGGAAAUCCAGAAGAGGACAUUGUUGGAAGCAGAUGUAAUUAAGAAAUGCCUAUCACGCACAAAAGAUCAGUGUUCCUUUGUUGAGUAUAAGGAUUUUAAGCUUGUUUAUCGUCAGUAUGCUGCACUCUUCGUUGUAAUUGGGAUCGAUGACUCAGAGAAUGAACUGGCAGUGUAUGAACUUAUACAUAAUUUUGUUGAAGUUUUGGACAAAUAUUUCAGCAGAGUGAAAGGAUGUGGAAACUUAGUAAAGGAUACAGAAGAGCUUUACCUGGAUGCCACAUGGAUUAGAGGAUAUGAGCUCAAGAAAACACUGGUAAAAAAACUGACAUUUUGCGGGCAGCUGACCAAACUUGUAAAUAUACUUCUUCUGAACUACUGCAUCCUCAAUCAGUUUGGAUUGGCAACACCUCCUCCACAAUCACCAUCAGCACUGCUGCACCACAAGACUGUGAGCUCAGCUUCUUGCUCUACUUGCUUUAUACUUCUGACUGUGAGGCUGCUACAAUGCCAUAUUUAAGUUUUCUGAUGACACCACCAUCAUUGGCUGAAUCAAAGGUGUGACAAAAUUAGCAUAUUGGAGGGAGACUGAAAAUCUGGCUGAGUGAUGUCACAACAACCACCUCUCACUCAAUGUCAGCAAGACCAAGGAGCCAAUUAAUGAUUACAGGAAGAGACAACUUACAGUCCUUUGACAAACUUCUAUAGAUGUGAGGUGGAAAGUAUUACAUUAACUGGUUGCAUCAAGGCCUGGUAUGGAAGCAGCAAUGCCUUUCAAUGGAAGAGCCUACAAAAAGUAGUGAAUAACCCAGUCCACCACGGGUAAAGCCUUUCCCACCAUUGAGCACAUCCACAUGGAGUGCCAUCAGGAAAGCAGCAUUAAACGUCAAGGACCUCCACCAUCCAGGCCAUCCGUGCUUUCUUCUCGCUGCUGCAUUCAGGAAGGAGAUGUAGGAGCCUCAGGACUCACACCGUCAGGUUCAGGAACAGUUAUUACCUCUCAGUCAUCAGACUCUUGAACAUAAAGGAUAACUUCACUCUCCCCCAAAACUGAACUAAUAUCACAACCUAUGGACACACUUUCAAGGACUCUUCAUCUCAUGUUCUUGAUAUUUAUUACUCAUUCAUUAUUAUUACAUAUUUUUGUAUUUACUAUGAAUGCCCACAAGGAAAUGAAUCUCAGGCAUAGGUUGGGUAGACAAUCAGAAUUUUGUUUCUUUUACUGGAUGACGUACAUUUAAGGUGAGAGAUGGAAAGUUUAUUAGUGAUGUACAGAGCAAGUUGUAUUUUCUUUAAACAAAAUGGUACCUGCUUGGAAUGAGUCACCAUGGAUAGUGGUGAAAGCAGAUACCAAACAGCAUUUAAGUGAGUUUUAGAUACGUGAAUAUGAAUGCAGGCAAAAGACAUUUGAUUUAAUUUGGCAUCAUGUUCAACAUGGAUAUCAUGAGCUGAAGAUGUUUAUUUUUCUGUUCUGUCAUGUUGUAUGUAAAAUGCUGAUGUGGCCAAAAUUUCAUUAUUUUAGAGCUAAGUUUCUACAUGAAUCUUAUUUAACUGAACUUCUAAAUGAUCUCACGCAAUUCCUAAGGUAAAGUCUAACACUAUUUCAGAGAUCAGCAUUUGCCAAGUAUGCCUCAGCAUAAUAUAACUAUUCAGAAUAAACUGCUUCUUAGCUUGUGUAUUUAAUCUUGGAACAGAUUUGUUAGAUGAAUGCAGAGCUCUUCAAAUAUU